CAUAUUUGCAACUGGAACUCAACUUAAUUUUCAGUUGGUGCAUUUUUUUCAGACUAAUAUCUUCAUUCUUUUCAUAUCCGAUAAGUAAGGUUGAAGCAGUCACUAGACUUCAACCUGCAAAUUUAUGAUAAUAUCAAUUAGACUUCUCAUUCCAAUUCUGUGCAAGCCCUGUUGCUGUCAGUUGGUACACAGGAUGAGGCCGCCGCCGAUGGACCGCGGCGCUGUGUAGGCCGGCCACCAUGGACACCCUCGACGUGGACGACGCCGAGGGUACCAAGGCCAAACCGAACAGCAGACUGGCGCGCCGGGCGCGCUCCUUCAAAGAGGACCUGUUGGAGAAGCUCAACAACAUGAAGACGCCACAUGUCAUCCGGUCACAUAGUCCAGCCAAGCGGAGCGGCAAGUCACCCAAACACCGGCGCAGAGACCUGUCCCCCGACCACAGGGCCUCUCCCAGCCGCGACUUUGCCGCCAUCCGCCGGGAGGUGGAGCUGUCGCUGAAGUACUACCAGGACGUGGUGCACAAGGGGAUCCUGGAGAUGCUUCCCGGCAGCACCACGGCAGUGCUGGAGACGGUGGUCCACCUGCACAUGGUGCUGAUGAACCGACUCGGUGGCGAGACCAGUCCGGUGGCCACGUCGUCGACGCAGCAGCUGAACCAGUCGCUGGCCGACCUGGUCAGCUGGUCCAACAACGUCCUGCUGUUCGGCCUGACGCCCGGUCAGACGGCCACCGAGGUGGUCAACGGCGUCAGGAAUGCUGUGGCGACGCUGGUGCAGGUGGCCGAUGACGGCGUCGGUGACUUGGCGCGCCACAGUCGCACCGUGGACCGGGCCGAGCGGCGCUCGCGGGCCGCCGUGCACCGCAACUCGCUGCCGGACCUGAGCGGCGACAAGCCGGCCAUCGUGCACUGCGGGCCGCACUACUCGCUUAGUAAUGACAGCGUGCUGGAGACGGGCGAGCCGCCGCCCAAGCCGCCGUUGCCCGGCCGGCCGGCCUCGCUCUCCGACGCGCCGGUGGACGCCGCGCCGCCGCUGCCGCCCAAACGGCGCUCCAAGAAACAGAGCUCACCGGCGCCCGUCACAUCCACACCGGCCCGAGCUCAGCUGUCAAAGCGGGGCAGCUGGGACGAGUCGGGUGGUCGCGCGCCGACGCUCGGGCACGGCUCGGCCGCCCAGCGGCGCAACAACUCGGUCGGCGGCGGCGCGGGCAAGCCCUGGAGUGCCAGCAAGUCGCCCGACACGCUGUCGCCGGCUUCCAGUAUGGACUCGGUCCUGAACCACUCCCAGGAGGAGUUUGUGACGUGGAACAAGCACGGCAGCUACAGCAGCAUCGGUAACUCGUCGGGCAGUUCGACGCGCGACUCGCGGCUGGAGAUGGACUCGACCACGUCCGACUCGUCCUUCUCCAACCUGGGCCUGGACCAGUACGGCAACUGGGUGCCGGCUGCCGCCGCCGGCCGCCGGCCCGACAUCACAGCCAUCACCCGGCAGCUGCGGGAGCUGAGCGCCGCCGCAGAGCCGGCCGGCGGCCGACCCGAGAGCGGCUUCGUCUCGCUGCAGAGUCUGCAGAGCUCGGGCAGCGGGGUGGGCCGCGCACCGGCCGCCGCCAGCCCGCAGGCCAGUCCCCGGCCGCCGGCCGCGCCCGCCGCCGGCCGGGCCGGCUCCGCGGCCGCCUCAGCCGCCGGCGCCGACGUCUGCGACUCGGCCGGCGGCGGCGAGCACACGGUGACGCUGAGCGUGCCGCCGGCGCUGCCGCCCAAGCGUCGCUCGCAGCGCGGCCCGCCGCUGGGCCACUACGACAACAUCCCGGCCGGCGGCGUGAGCGCCAGCUGCAGCCUGGACGGCGUGGUGCUGCGGCACCGGCCGCGACACUGGCACGACGCGGACGACUCCCGGCCGCCGCCGCUGCCCAUGAAGAAAAAACAUGUACAAUCGUACAUGGAGAUGAUCGGCGACUAUUGCCAGCCGUCGCAGGCAGAGUUUCUGCGGCAGUCGGCGCUGGUGCACCGCAGUUAUGCGGCGCGCUGGUCGCGCAACGAAUUCGCCGCGGCGCGCAGCUGUACCGUGGCCGAGCACCUGCGCUCCAGUAGCGACGACAGCGGCGAGGGAGAGCCCUUCGAGCACACUCCUCUUGUGGAGGAGUUGUCGCCGCCGGCGCUGCCCCCGAAGCGGCGCUCCGGCAGCGUGUCUCGUCAGUUCAGCCCGCCGCCGACGCCCCCGCCGCCGCCGCAGCCGCUGACACCCACCUCGGGAGCUGCGCACGGCGCCCUGCCCUCACGGCCGUCGCAGCCUCCCCCUCCCCCACCUCCCCCUCCCCCGCCGCCCCCCGCCCCGGCGGCGGCGGCCGAGCCGGCCACGGCCGACUCUGCUCUGGACUCUCUGGACGUGCAGUCGCUGCUGAUCACCAAGCAGCCGCACGAGGAGGGGCCAGAGCUGCGCGGCGGGCCGGUGGACGCCCUCGUGGCACACGCCACCAAAGCCAACAGGAAUGCUUAUUACUGUCCGUCUUUCGCGGCGUCAGAGGAGCACACCAGCGACUUUGUCUACCAGGAGGCGUUCCUGACCACCUACCGCACGUUCCUGUCGUCGGAGGCGCUGGUGGAGCGCCUGCUGUACCGGUACGGCGCGUUCCAGCGCUCGCAGGACCCGGCCCGGCAGCGCGCCGCCAAGAACGCCUUCUCGCUGCUGGUUCGAGUCGUCGACGACCUGGCGUUGUCUGACCUGACUCAGAGCCUGCUCAGCACGCUGAUGGAGUUCGAGGUGGCCCUGCUGAAGAGCGGCGACCUGAUGUUGGCCAAGGCGCUGCGCAGCAAGAUCCUGGAGAAGCACGAGACCAAGCGGCGUCACGACAACCCGCCCAAGGAGCUGCCGGCACUGGACGAUCCGGCCGCGCCGGCGCGUCAGCCGACGCUGCUCGACUUCAAGUCGGAGCACCUGGCGGAGCAGAUGACCCUGCUGGACUCGAAGCUGUUCGUCAGCAUCGAGAUCCCCGAGGUGCUCAUCUGGGCGCAGGAGCAAAACGAAGAGAAGUCGCCCAACCUGACCACCUUCACCGAGCACUUCAACAAGAUGAGUUACUGGGCGCGCAGUCUGAUCCUCGACCCGCGCGAGGCGGCCAAAGAUCGCGAGAAGCUCGUCCUCAAGUUCAUCAAGAUCAUGAAACACCUGCGCAAGAUGAACAACUUCAACUCGUACCUGGCCAUUCUGUCGGCGCUGGACAGCGCGCCCGUGCGCCGACUCGAGUGGCAGAAGCAGAUUGUCGAGGCGCUGAACGAGUACUGCGCUCUGAUUGACUCGAGCAGUAGUUUCCGGGCGUACCGACAGGCUCUGGCCGAGGCCACGCCGCCCUGCAUCCCCUACAUCGGGCUUAUCCUGCAGGAUCUGACGUUUGUUCAUAUUGGUAACCCGGACCUUCUGCCGGACGGCUGCAUCAACUUCGCCAAACGGUGGCAGCAGUUCAAUAUCCUUGACAACAUGAAGCGCUUCAAGAAGGCCGGGCAGUACCAGUUCAAAACCAACGACCGAAUCCUUAGCUUUUUCGACAACUUCGACAAGAGCUUCACGGAGGAGCGCAUGUGGGAGAUAUCGGAGUCGAUCAAGCCGCGCGGACGCGCCAAGAAGACGUGAGCGCGCCGCCAGCGCCUCUGGUGGUCGAGUCGGUCACCCCAGCCGCGGCCGGCGCCGACAGGUGGCGGUGCGGGCGCCGGCCUGCGGCCCUCUCAGUGCAAUGCGGACGGCGCGCCGCCCCGUUUGUAUGCACACGUGUCUAGUCAGUCCCGGGCGCGGCCGAGCGGCGCCGCCCCUCGGGCGCUCGCCCGAGACGAUAUUAAUCACCGCUAGAGAUUGUUGACUGCGAUAGUGUUCCGUUAUUAUUGCUGGCCUGCGAUAGCGUUUCGUUAUUGCUGCCGGCCGCCGCCCAUCCGGUCCCUCACGCAUAAUAAUCAAAUGUGUUUUAUUUGCCGGUUGCGCCGCGGCCGAUCGGCGUUUGCCCGCUGUGAUGCGCUGGUCUCUAGUCAGGGCCGUCAGCUCUUGCGCGCGUCAGGGGUAGGUGUACCCGCUUUAAGUGCGCUCGGCGGCCACAGUCGGACUGUGUGAGACGCGCGUGAGUGGUCAUUUAGUGGGUCUGCGUGUGUGUGUGAACCGUCGUUUUAUUCGGCGCAUAACUUGUCAUUUGAGAGGUAUUGUUUCCACGCGACGCAUUGUUUUGUAUAUAAAUAUUUGUUCAUCGUA